CGUGAGAUUGCCGAGCUCAAGUGCCGAGUGGAGACCAGGGCUCCCUACAGCUAGCCCAUCUUGCGAACGGUGACCCCGUUCACUCCGAGGGUCAUGUCGAUUCCACUACCGGCAAACUUUCGGCCGUGGCAGAUCAAGGCCUACAACGGAACGACGGAUCCCCAAGAUCAUUUGUCUAAGUUCUACGCUUCUAUGGAAGCGGCGGCAGCCCCGGACGAGGUCAAGUGCCGAUGUUUUCUCGCGACGUUGGAGGGCUCUGCGUGUGAUUGGUUCAACCGGCUCCCGAAGGGAACCAUUGACGACUGGGAUACACUAGCGGAGAAGUUCUUAACACACUUUGCAGCCAACAGAAGGCAAAGGCUGCCCUACUCCCACCUGCUCAACAUAUACAUCCGCAAAGGAGAGAAGCUCCGCGACUUCAUAGUCCGGUGGGAGAAGGAGGCUAGGGACGUGCACGGGGCGGAUGACCAAGCUCUGGUGGCCAUGUUCCAAGCGGCCCUUCCCCGAGGGGAGGUGAGGAAGGAGCUCCGCAAGAACCCUCCCCCCACGUACCAAGAGACCUUGGCGCGCGCAAAGUUAUUAGCCUCGGAGGAGUUCGACGACGCCCCAGACUCCGAGGCCGCGCCGGCAAAGCGAGCUCCAGCGGACUCGGGAGAGACCGCGAAGAAGAGGAAGAAGAAGAAAGACUAUACCGCGGGCCCGAGGACGCCCUCGGCCAGAGUGUACUCCGUGGGCGCCCCCGUGGGGACGGGUCGAGAGCUUGCGCUCUCCCCGCUCCCUCACGUAGAGGCUUACGCGGUGACCAGCGGAGCCAAGUAUUGCGAGUACCAUCGUAACAACACUCAUAACACUAAGGAAUGCUUCACUCUUCAGAAGGAGAUGCAGCGACUCAUCGCCCGAGGGCCGCCUCCACGAGACGAUGGGGCUACCCCCUCCCAGGGGCCGCCGGAAGGAAGAACUUGGAGGAAGCCGACUGAGCUAGUCGCAGUGGCGACGCAGGCACGGAACCCCGAGAAGAGGCACAUCGGGCGGGUGUGCGACGAUCUAGACGAAGACGAAGCCCAAGGAUAUCCGGUGGGAUUUAUCCAUGGGGGAAACAUUGGCGGGGACUCCGUCGCUCAAAGGAAGAGGUGGAAGCACAUGGCCUUCGUCGCCAAAGUCCAUCAGGCGCCGGCGCCCAAGCUCGGAAGACGAGAGCAAAUCCAAUUCACGGAGAAGGAUCUUCCGAACACGCCGAGCCCCCAUCGGGAUGCCUUAGUCGUGAAGAUAGAGAUCAACGACGCCAUAGUGCACCGCACCUUGGUGGACAUGGGAAGCUCAGUCAACAUAAUGUAUGAGAAAACAUUCCAAGACCUCGGCUUGAACCGCAAGGACUUAAGGCCUGUGCGCACCCCUCUCUCCGGAUUCACGAGGGACUCCAUCGAGGCCGAGGGAGUCUUCGCCGUGCCCGUGAUAGUAGGGGAUGGUGCACACAAGGCCAAGCUGAAGAUGGAGUUUAUGGUUGUGAGCAUCAACUGCGCGCACAACAUGAUUCUAGGAGGCCUCGAGGACUUGGAAUGUGUGAUCUCCCCGUACUACUUGUGCAUGAAGUUCCCCACUCCGUCCGGGAUCGGGGAGGAAAUGCGCAAGCUGGAGGCUCAGCCGAAGGCCGAGCCCGCCGAGGAGGUCGAGGAAGUGCUGCUCGACCCGCAGAUACCCGAGCGGAAGGUUAAGGUCGGGGCGAGCCUGAUGACGAGCCAGCGGAGGCGCUUGGUGGACGUGCUCGCCGCCUACCGCGUGAUCUUCGCGUGGGGACCUAGGGUGGACCCCAAGAUCAUAUGCCAGCGGUUGGCAGUCAACCCGGAGUCUAGGCCGGUGAAGCAGAAGAAGCGUUUCCUCUCGUAUUCGGUGGCCGAAAAGACAGUGCUGGCCGUGGUUUCAACCGUGCAUCGGUUGACGCCCUACUUCCAAGCUCACCCGGUCCAGGUGCUCUCCCAGCAGCCCAUAGGUGCGUUGCUCAGGAGUCCGAACACGCCCUCUCGCAUGUCCAAGUGGGCGGUGUUCCUUGGAGCCUUCCAGAUCGAGUUCAAGCCAAGGCCAGCAAUCAAAGGCCAAGCGCUGGCCGACUUCGUGGUAGAAUGCACCGCUCGAGAAGAGCCGAGCCCGGAACUUGAAGCCGACGAUUGGUGGACAGUUUUCACCGACGGCUCCUCCGCCGCCAAAAACUCGGGGGGUGGAGUGGUAGUCAUCGCUCCCGAAGGCUUCAGAGCAUAUUACUCAGUCCGAUUCGGCUUCAAGGUAUCAAAUAAUGAGGCGGAAUAUGAAGCGCUCUUGUGCGGGUUACGUCUGGCAGCCGGGAUGAACGCGACAAAGCUAAGGAUAAAUUGUGAUUCGAAGUUGGUGGUUGGCCAUGUCUCGGGAGAGUUCGAGGCGAAGGACGAAAGAAUGAAGAAAUACAAAGAUACGGCUCUAGAACUACUUAAAAGCUUCACCGCGUAUAGUGUCGAGCAGAUCCCUCGGGCGGAGAACGCCGAGGCGGAUAUCUUGUCAAAGCUGAGCUCAGACACGCCCGAGCACAUCAAGCGAAUGGCGAAUGUGGAAGAGCUGUCCGAGCCGAGCAUCCAUGCCUUCCCCGUGACAAUGAUUUGUGCUCAGCCCAGAGAUUGGACGGACGACAUAGUCGCCUUCCUGAAGGAUGGCACCCUCCCAGACGAGUCGAUGAAGGCCAAGUUGGCCCGGACAAGGGCACCGGGGUAUACCUUGGAAGGCGAGAAGCUAUACAAGCGAGCAUACAACGGGACGCUACUCAGCACGGCUAUCCCGUUCGUGCGGUGGGGAGUAGACCUCGUGGGCGCACUUCCUAAGGGCACCGCGAACGUAAGGUACGUCAUUGUAGCCAUCGACUACUUCACCAAGUGGGUGGAAGCAGUCCCAUUGGCAAGCAUCACCGGAGCCCAGUGCCAGAAGUUUCUCGCAAAGCAAGUCAUCUGCCGCUUCGGCGUGCCCGAGCACAUAAUCACAGACAAUGGGACACAAUUCGAGUCCAAGCCCUUCAACGACUUCCUUGGAAGCUGGGGGAUCAAGCACAGCUAUGCAUCGGUUGGGAGGGCAACCGGGGAAACCCCCUUCGCCCUGUGCUACGGAUUCGAGACAAGGGCCCCUGCAGAGAUCUCCAUCACAACUCACCGAGAGGAGGUCUCCGACCCUGAGCGUAACGAAGAAGCCCUGGCGGCCGAGCUCCAUCUCGUACACGAGAGGCGAGAAGCGGCCUUCAUACGGGCAGAGAAUUACCGAAGGAAGGUGAAGAGCUACCAUGACGGCCGUGUGCGCGCACGGGGGUUCAUCGAAGGAGAGUGGGUGCUGCGCAAGAGGUCCUUAAGCCACCCCCUAGAAGGUGGAAAAUUUGCCAAGAAUUACGAAGGCCCCUACAUCAUCAAAGAAGUGGUAGGCCCCUCGACGUUCCGCCUGCAGACGCCGAGUGGAGGGGAUGUGCCCAGGACUUGGAAUGCCGAGAACUUGGUUAAGUUGCGUGCUCGGCACUCCCCCUCAGGGGAAGAGCCGAGCGCAGACCAUGUCCGGAUGCUCUUCCCGGAUAAAGGUCUAACCUUCGUGCUCGACACUCCUCCUCAGGGGAAGAGCCGAGCGCAGACCAUACCCGGACGUUUUUCCCGGAUGGAGGUCAACCAUUCGUGCUCGUCACUUCCCUCAGGGGAAGAGCCGAGCGCAGACCACGGCCAGAUGUUCUUCCCGGAUAAAGGCCUAACCUUCGUGCUCGGCACUCCUCCUCAGGGGAAGAGCCGAGCGCAGACCAUACCCGGACGUUUUUCCCAGAUGGAGGUCAAACAUUCGUGCUUGACACUCCCCUUAGGGGAAGAGCCGAGCGCAGACCACGUCCGGAUGUUCUUCCCGGAUAAAGGUCUAACCUUCGUGCUCGGCACUCCUCCUCAGAGGAAGAGCCGAGCGCAGACCAUACCCGGACGUUUUUCCCGGAUGGAGGUCAAACAUUCGUGCUCGACACUCCCCCUCAGGGGAAGAGCCGAGCGCAGACCAUGUCCGGAUGCUCUUCCCGGAUAAAGGUCUAACCUUCGUGCUCGGCACUCCUCCUCAGGGGAAGAGCCGAGCGCGAACCAAACAUCUGUGCUCAGCACGCCUCCUCAGGAGGAGGGCG